GUUCCACAAGGGCGCGCGAGUGAAAGACAAGAAGGGAACUGCCGUUAGUGACUCUGUGAGGAGCCGCGAGACCUUCAGAAAUGGGACGAUCACCGGACGAGGGCCACGACCGAGGCCAUUGGGGCAACAAGUGGGACUACCUCCUCUCGCUCGCUGGUUAUGCCAUUGGGAUCGGCAACGUGUGGCGGUUCCCUUACCUCUGCUACAGGAACGGGGGAGGGGCCUUCCUGGUACCAUACGUCAUAAUGCUGGUGUUGGUGGGACUGCCUCUGUUUCUGCUCGAGUCAGCUGUUGGGCAGUUCAGCUCCUCGAGUUGCCUCACGCUAUUUUCCGUCGCUCCUAUGUUUAAAGGAAUCGGUUAUUCUUCGCUGCUGGUGACCCUAAUAGCCAGCACUUACUACAGCGUUGUGGUGGCCUACCCCCUCGUCUUCCUCUUCCAUUCAUUCAGCAGCCAGUUGCCUUGGGCCUCGUGUGGCAACUAUUGGAACAGCCCGCAGUGUGCGCUGAUUGCUUCAACCAACUUUACAAAUUCGACAGAAAGGGCAGUAUCAGCAGCUGAUGAAUUUUUUCAUAACCGCGUCCUGGAGAUUUCUUCAAACAUCGAUGAACCAAAUGGUUUUGUGUGGCCCAUUGUGAACACGACUCUCUUUGUUUGGACAUUUGUAUUCCUCUGUGUUUUCAGAGGUGUUAAAGUUGUCGGAAAGGUCGUGUGGUUCACCUCCUCGUUCCCCUUUCUUAUGCUGAUAAUUCUGUUCUUUCGAGGUGUGACGCUCCCGGGUGCCUGGGACGGAAUUUAUUUCUACAUUUACCCGGAUUUCAGCAAGCUUGGGGACCUCAAGGUUUGGGCGGACGCGGCGGUUCAGAUCUUCUUCUCGAUCGGCACAGGAUGGGGCUCCUUGGCCACCUUGGGCUCCUUCAACAAGUUCCGCAACAACUGCCUCCGCGACGCCCUCUUCGUGCCCGUCCUCAACUGCGCCACCUCCUUCUUCGCCGGCUUCGUGGUGUUCUCCGUCCUCGGGUUCAUGGCGCACAAGACCGGCACCUCCGUGGAUAGUGUCACGGCCGCUGGUCCCGCCCUGGCGUUCAUCACGUACCCGGAGGCGCUGUCGCUCAUGCCCUUCGCGCCGCUCUGGGCCGUCCUCUUCUUCCUCAUGCUCUUCUUCCUCGGCAUCGACUCCAUCUUCGUGCAGAUCGAGAACCUGGUGACGUCUGUGGUGGACGAGUUCCCUGUUCUCCGCGCCAGGAAGGGCUGGGUCACGUUCGCGGCGUGCGCGCUCAUGUUCCUCGGCGCUCUCUCCUGCUGCACGAGGGGCGGGAUGUACGUGCUGCUGCUGCUCGACUGGUACUCAGCUUCUAUCACGGUGGUGUUUGCGGGACUGUGUGAACUCAUCGUGUUUUCUUAUAUAUAUGGGGCGGGCCGAGCCGUGCGGGACCUUCAGAUGAUGACCAAGAAGGCCGUAGGGAUGUUCUGGUACGUCGCCUGGAUCUCCGUCACGCCCCUCCUCCUCCUGUUCAUCUUCAUCAACUCCAUGGCCAGUAUGACAGCUGUCAGUUAUCGUGAUGUCAUAUUCCCGUCUUGGGCCCAGAACGUCGGCUGGCUCAGCGCCCUGGCCUCCUUCGCCGGCGUCCCCGCCUACGCUGUAUAUUACUUCUCGCGUCAAGGGGCUCUCUCUCCAAGCGCCUCAUGACCGGUAUCACGCCCACAAGCAGCUGGGGCCCCGCCCUCGAGGAUCACAAAGCGGCGUGGGCGGAAUACGUCAGAUCGCACCCCCUGCGUCAUCGCCUCCUUCACCCGAGGUUCUCCCCCAGCGCCUCCUCCCCCUCCGGCCCCACCUCCUCCUCCUACCCCUCCUCCUCCUCCUCCUCCGCUGAGGCGAAACUCCUCGAACUCCGACCCGGCGGCGGAGACGCGGCUGCCGAUAAGGGGAGUCCGGUCUGAAGACUGCGCUGUGUCCGUAUUCUUCUCGUUCUUCUUUUUGUCUUUUUGUUUGCGUCUGUGUGUGUGGCUGUGCGUUCCGUCUGUCCAGUUCCUUUCCGCAACGACCUGACCGCCAAUUUACUCCCAGCCGGGUCGUUUGGGGUGUGGAUCGAGCGCGAACACUGUACCUUGUGAAUCCUCUAUCACUUAUCUCUGCCACCUCGACAUCUACACACACACACAUAUAUGCAUAUGUAUACGUAUGUGUGUGUGUGUGUUGACUUACAUACUUAAAUAUAUGCGCACCUGUGGUUAUACAUUGUUUUCAUUUCUAUCUCUUUUUCAUUUCUUUCAAAGGGAAGGGGUUUUCGUAAUGGUACCUCAAAAAUAUUGGUGCUCUGGUAGAUAGGAAGUGAGAAUUAGAGAGACGGAGGGGAAAAAACAACAAAGGAGAGAGAGAGAGAGAGACAGAGAGAGGGUGAAAAUUUAUACCAAUAAUUAUAGCUGCUCGAUGUAGCUGUUGUUGUUUUUUUAUAUAUAAAACAGGUUCAGACAUUUGCGAUGUUAUGGAAUAAAGAAAAAAAACAAAUAUGUUUUUCUUUC